AAUGAAAAACUAUUCAAACAAAAGAAUGUGUAUCUGUUUUUACAAACUGGAAAAAGGCGAAUGAAUAUAUGAACUAAAAUUGCUGUAGGCUGUUGCUAAACGACGUUAUUGGUUGCAAUGCGUAUUUGUGACAACGCAUUUUCAAUUGAUCACAUACGGGCCAUGACUAGUCAGUUACGUAUAUAGCGGGCGUAGGUAUAGGGCAGAUAUAUACGUCAUUUUUAAUAGUGUAAAUAAAACAGGUAGUUGAAACUAGAAUUUAAUUACUGUAGGGCUAUAUUCUAUUAAUUUCUAGUACACUUUAAAGUAUUAACAAUCUUUUUUAAAAAAGGCGCUACAUUGAGACUAAGGUAAUAAUAUUUUCCUUUUUAAGGACGUAUGAUAAAUAGGUGAUUUUCAGGCAGUAUCGUACACAUUGGAUUUGGAGCGAAAACUGUUAAAUAUCUUUAUUAUAAAAACUAAAAGAAGAGACAAUUAUAUUAGGCCUGAGCUUCUGAUUAGUCGGGUAAAACGGAGGAACUAAAGAAGUUUUACUAGAUGCUGUAAUGAAACAAUAAGACUGCUCAUGUAUGCUUUGUGUGGAAAGGAAAGAAUGAUGUAAACUAUCCUGAAUGGACUGUUUUCAUGUACCUUUUUUACAAAUAGUAGUUCUGGCAAAUCUUAAAAUAGGGUAAUUAAUAUAUAGCAGAUGAAGAAAUGGUCUUGGAACUUCUUUUUUUGUUUUAGUCUUGAAACUCUGGAUUUAAUUUUAAAAUUACUACAGAAUUUUCUACAGCAGAAUGUUCACAGCACUGUCCAAAAAUGUUAGUUGUCUAUGGGUUAAACCCAGAAGCUAGUAUGUGUGCAUGUACAAAUAAAACUGGGCUGGAGAAAAAUUAUCUUGGUAGAGAAUGACAAGAUGUACACAUAGCUUGUUAUAAGACUUGUGGUGACAACAUUGAAAGACAGAAUCCUAAUCUCAAUGCAUGAGUAUAUCACAACUGAGAUUUUCUUAAUUAUGAAGACUGUUAUCAACAGGAAGAAAAUGAUUUUAUUCCUGAAACACAUCUAAGAAUGGAAGAACUAAAACUAAUACCAUAGUACAAGACAUAAACCAAACUAAUCAUGAAUUCAGAAGAAAAUCAAGAAUUAUUUGAAAACUGUACAAAUUUUCAGUACACAUUACAAGAUAAUUUUCAGCCUCCAGCAAUAAUUAAAAAAGAACCUGAAGAAAACUUGAUCAGUUAUCAGUGUGAGAGUGAUAUGAAUGAAACUCCAAAAGAGUCAUUAGAAUUCAUUUCAAACAUGGACCCAGAUGUUAAACCUAGUUUUAUGGAAUUUACUGAUGUUUUCUAUGGAGACACUGAAAAUAGUUCUGAAAUAGCUACCAAAAUAGAGCAGAAUGUGGAGCCUUUCACCAGUGAUACUUAUCCUCACCACAUAACAUCCAAAUUUUCUAAGAACACUAAAGAUUGUAUAUCAGUAAAAUCACAGUCUGUAUGUGAUUCAACAAGAUUGAAUGAAGUUAUCCAAGAGUCUUUGUUUCUUGUGAAAGAAGAACCACUGGAAAUAUCCGAGUCCAAUUUUGAAACUUGUGGAAAAGAAUUCCAAGAAGUGAAAAAGCCAAUAAUUGGAAAUAAGACAAUAUUACAACCAAACAAUUUGUUUUCAAAAUGUGCAGAAGUAAGUCACCCUGGAAACGUAAAAUUUAACAAAACUAACUGCCAAACUGUAAAAAUGAGCAUUUCUUCUGAAAGCUUAGAAUCACGGAAAGAAAAAUCACGUAUUUCUCGAACGUACACUCGAAAACGAAAGAUUGAACCACCAACAUGUGUAUUUAACUUUCAAACAGAAAGUGUGCCUACUUGUUCGGAAGCUUAUAAUUUAAAUAUGGUAGAUCUUUUCCAGUUACCAUCUUCAGCUUUGGAUGACACACACAAAAUAAAAUUACGUUCUGAAGGAGGAGAAUUUAGUUUUUCUGCCACAGAAAAAGAAGAGACACUUAAGCAGAAACACAAAAGUAGAUCUUCAAAAAUGGUUUCUAGCCAACCAUCAAAGGUUUUGAAGUGUGCAAUUUGUAAAAACGUAUAUUUAUGUCAGUAUGUUGACACAACUCAAGUGAAACUUUAGUGUGAACUAGACCACCGUGACCCGUUGGGUCACCCACUAUUCAGAGGUUAUGAAGAAUUCAAGCUAAUUUCAAUAUUGCACCGAAAUGAAGGUUUAUUUUGAGAUAAUUUAAU